CAACUAACGUUACUUAGUGGCGAGUUAACGGCAAUUAGCAGGAAAGACAGCAAAAAUUAAGCAAAUGAGGCUUUGGGGAUUUUUCCGAAAGAAGUCAGUGGACCAAGAGAACCGAACUGCAAGUAUGAACACACCCUAAAUGUAACUUUUGGACCUCAAAGUGCUGGCACCGGUGUACUUCUAAGGACCUGAUGGCGCUCAAUCUUCUUCUGAAAAUCUUCAUUUGUGUUCUGCUAAAGAAAGACAGACAUACACAUCAAGGUAAGUGAAUAGUGAGAGAAUUUCAUUUUUGAGUGAACUAUCCCUUUAUUAUAUAAAAACACAAUGAACGUUAAUCUUUUAUAAAUAGAACACCUUGCUUGUGUGUCAAAAAUGUCUCUCAUGUGAUUGGCUGAGAGCGGAACGUCUCCGAUGCGGAUUGGCCACUUAGAGACUCGCCCUCUGGUCUGUUCCAUUGAUGUACAAUAGGGGCUCCGCUAACUUAAAAAAAAAAGAAAAAUAUUUUUUUCUACAUAAAGAAUCUGCAAACCUAACUAUAAUGUUUUAUGUUUUAUCUUUUAAACAUUAAUGCUUUUUAUUUAUAAGAAACAACUUCCUACGCAAUUACAGUAAAUGUAAAACGUAACACAUAUCUCCCUUGUUAUGAAAUCCCCCCUUUAAGUCGAAUGGCAGUUUCCCAUUCGUGUGAUAGUUCCUGUGAUCUUGGAGGAUACAAAAAGUAACAUAAUCUAAUCCCUGAUAGGCUUUGCAGUUUAUCAGCAGAAGGAUAUUUUUUAAUUAUACGUAUUUAUUUAUAAUCUGUUUCCCUGUCUUGUUUAUCUACAUUAAACAUGCUACGAGUGAGAGCAGCCGUCUGUCAGUCUUGGAGGGGGUUCAAGACCUUCUCAUAUGCAGCUGUGGAGGUCAAGAAUGAGCCCAUCCUGGGGUUUAAAGAGGGAAGUACAGAGAGAGCAGAACUGGAAAAGGUGUUACACAAUCUAAAGGGAAAGACUGAAGAGAUUCCAUGUGUGGUUGGAAAUGAAGAAGUUUGGACCAAAGAUAUCAGAUACCAGCUGUCUCCCUUCAACCAUUCUCACAAAGUGUCCAAGUUCUGCUAUGCCGAUAAGGAGUUGAUAAAUAAAGCCAUUGAGGCUUCUGUGGCUGCACGUAAAGAGUGGGACCUCAAACCAGUUACAGAUCGAGCUCAGAUCUUCUUCAAAGCUGCUGACAUCAUCAGUGGUCCCAAGAGGGCAGAAGUUCUGGCCAAGACUAUGAUCGGACAGGGUAAGACGGUUGUCCAGGCAGAAAUAGAUGCUGCUGCAGAACUCAUUGACUUCUUCAGAUUCAACGCCAAACAUGCGAUUGAACUAGAACAUCAGCAGCCAUUAAACAGUGAUGGAAGUACCAACACCAUGCUGUACCGUGGACUGGAGGGAUUUGUAGUUGCUGUCGCCCCCUUCAACUUCACAGCCAUUGGUGGAAAUCUGGCGGGCACCCCCGCUCUAAUGGGUAACGUGGUGUUGUGGAAACCCAGUGACACUGCUAUGUCCGCCAGCUACACCAUCUAUAAGAUCCUGCGGGAGUCUGGACUGCCACCCAACAUCAUCCAGUUUGUGCCAGCUGAUGGGCCAGUGUUUGGGGACACCAUCACAUCCUCUAAACAUCUGGCUGGUAUUAACUUUACCGGCAGUGUCCCAACUUUUAAGCGAUUGUGGAAGCAGGUGGCCCAGAAUCUGGACAUCUAUCGUAACUUCCCUCGUGUUGCUGGAGAAUGUGGUGGCAAGAACUUCCACUUUGUGCACAAGUCGGCAGAUGUUCAUAGCGUGGUGACCGGCACCAUCCGCUCUGCGUUUGAGUACGGAGGACAGAAAUGUUCGGCCUGUUCCAGGAUGUAUGUACCAGAUUCACUGUGGCCUCAAAUCAAACAGGGGCUCCUUACUGUGCUCAAACAGAUCAAACUGGGAAAUCCUGUCGAAGAUUUCAGCACGUUCUUCUCCGCAGUUAUUGAUGACAAGUCCUUCUCGAGGAUCAAGGGUUGGCUGGAACACGCCAAAUCUUCUCCACAUCUGAAGAUCAUCGCUGGGGGAAGCUGUGAUGAUAAAACAGGAUAUUUUGUGGAACCCACAAUCAUUGAGACCACAGACCCACAGGAGAAAAUUAUGAUUGAGGAGAUCUUUGGGCCCGUCCUGACGGUAUAUGUUUACCCUGAAAACGACUACAAAAAGGUCCUGCACUUAAUAGACAACACAUCUCCGUACGCCCUAACAGGAGCCGUCUUUGCUCAAGAUAAGGCUGUUAUUGACGAAGCAGGAAAGGCCUUGAGAAACUCUGCUGGAAAUUAUUAUGUCAACGACAAAUCGACAGGAUCCGUUGUGGCCCAGCAACCGUUUGGUGGCGCCAGAGCAUCAGGCACCAACGACAAGCCUGGAGGUCCACACUACGUCCUCCGAUGGACAUCACCACAAGUCGUCAAGCAGACGUAUGUGCCGCUUACAGAAUGGAAAUAUGCCUACAUGGGUUAAGUGGUCUUGCCAGUCUUGCCUAUAUCUCUGACCCAAAAGCUUUCCUUCCCCCAAAUCCCUCCAUCAAGACUUAUAAAACAAUCAAAUUAAUUAUCCUCUGAUGUCUCAUCUUGCCCAAAUGACUUGCUGAAAAAGGCACACUAGGGCUCCAGAACAGAAGACUCCUGCCGACUGGUGCUGCCUUGAACGUACACUGGUGGCCCGAAGUUUGGAAUAAUGUACAGAUUUUUAUCUCAUGGAAAGAAAUCAGUACUUUUAUUCAUCAAAGUGGAAUUCAACUGGUCAAAAUGUAUAGUCAGCACAUUAAUAAUGUGAAAAAUUACUAUUACAAUAUGAAAAAUAAUUUCAGAACUUUAACUACUUCAAAGAGUUCUCAUAAAAUAAUCCUCCAUGUGCAGCAAUGACAGCUUUACAGUUAUUCUAGCGGUCAGUUUGUCCAGAUACUCGGAUUACCUUUCACCCCACACUUCCUGUAGCACUUGCCAUAGAUGUGACCGUCUAGUCGGGCGCUUCUCACGCACCUUACAGUCUAGCUGAUCCCACAAAAGCUCAAUAAUUCUUCCCAUAAUGCUGCACCCCUGAGUCUUCUCUUUACUGUUGUACAUGAAACUGGUGUUGAGCGGGUAGAAUUCAAUGAAGUUGUCAGUGGAGGAACUGUGAGGUGUCUAUUUCUCAAACUAGAGACUCUGAUGUACUUAUCCUCUUGUUUAGUUGUACAUCAGGUCUUCCACAUCUCUUUAUUACCUUUUUAGAGCCAGUUGUCCUUUUGUCUUUUAAGUCUGUAGUGUAAACCUUUGUAUGAAAUCUUCAGUAUUUGGCAGUUUCAAGCAUUGUAUAGCCUUCAUUCCUCAAAACAAUGAUUGACUGACGAGUUUCUAGAGAAAGAUGUUUCUUUUUCAUUUUUGACCUGAUAUUGACCUUAAGACAUGUCGGUCUAUUGCAUACUGUGGCAACUCAACAACAAACACAAUGUUAAGCUCUUUUAAUGAACCAAAUAUCUUUCAACUGUGUUUGAUAUAAUGUCAAGACAUUUUCUAGUGCCAAAUGAUCAAUUUAGCAUGAUUACUCAAGGAUAAGGUGUUCGAGUGAUGCUGCUGUCUAGAUUUGAUCAAAAAUAACUUUUUUCAAAUAGUGAUGGUGCAGUUUUUUACAUCAGUAAUGUCCCGACUAUACUUUGUGAUCAGUUGAAUGCCACUUUGGUGAAUUAAAGUACCAAUUUCCUUCUGAAACAGCAAAAUCUGUACAUUAAUCCAAACUUUUGGCCGCCUGUGUAUAAGAAAUACUUUUUAUGGGCUAGGAAACUGGUGGCAACAGCUCUCGAAGGACUGAAUGUACUCAAGAAACUGCACGUCUUUUCAGAUUUCCGUUACCUCUGAUCUUGAAAGUCUGCUGGACCCUUAACGAGAGGAAUUAGGAGUAAGCAAGAUCAAACCUCAGAGUGCACUGGAAAUUUCUUAUAUUGUUUUGCUCUGAUUAGUGAUCAUUUCACUGUUACAGUUGUCCUAAAAGGGUAUUUUGAAUUUUUAUGUUUUACGAGUUCCUUUUGCAUUUUAUAACAAAAAUUAUCAAACCGAUGGCAUUUAUUUUCAAACAAAUUUCAAUCAGACUGACUUUAUACAUCCACUAACAAUCACCUUGACGCCAGUUAACAGUCAUUGGAAGAAAAAAUUGCACCGCAAAGUGAAGUUAGUUCUGAGAAAUGCUUGAUUUGCAUUUGAGCAAUCGUUUGAUAUUUUGUUACCUAAUGCAAUGAAAUUCACACAUUUAAGUGUGGGCCACUGUAUAUAGGAUUUGCUUUCAGAAUUUACCAUAUCCAGUUAGUAAAUGGAGUAAAUCUAUUUUUAUAUCAUUCUAAUCUAUGACUAAAUUUAAUCUACUAAGUGGAAGUACUGCAGCUAAUAACAUCCGUUUGUUAUUGUUUUCUGUUACUGAUAUCUUCACCCUGUGAACGGUUACAUUUACAGUGAUCUAUUGUUUGAGCUUUUUAUUUAAAUUAUUAGGAUUACAUGUGCCGUCCUAAUUUAAUCUGUAGCAUUCUAAUAUAAUUUGCAUGUAACUGUGAGUGCAGAUAUGAGGACAUGUCUUCCAUUUGUUGAAAAUGAAUGAUUGUAGGACAGAUUUGGUUUGCUUGUCAUAGCCCAGUUCAAUCAUUAUCCUGUGAUGUGAUGUGAUCUUAAAGGUUCAAGUAUGGUUUUAAUUGCCUCUGUAUUGUAUGUUAAAUGAUUGACAAUGGCAACAAAGCUAUCAAGGUACUCUACAGCCUUACUUGGUCUAAUUAUCCACACACAAUGCAAUCUAGACUGCAGACAUUGCAAUCUAACAACAGUGCCUCAAUAAAGAUAAAUUGUGGAU